AUGGAUCUUGGUCGAGAAGCAUUCUCCGUCUUUUGUGACAAUACCGUCGACGGCGCGGUUGCAAAGAACCGACAACACAGAGAGGAACAGGCUAGCCUGGAAGCGUUGGACACAAUUCAGCACUCGGUUCAUAUCGUUUCAUCCUUUCGCGAGAAUGACCAAGGACCUUGGUACAAGUGUGCCGAGGGAACACUUGUGGUGGAUCUGCGGGCGUUUGUGGCCAAGACGAAACGAUGGUUGUUGUACCGCGUAAAUACAGCUCAGAUGUGCAAAGUGCCUCUCGAACGGCUUUCGACGCUAAAUCUAAUCAUCUCCGGUGUGGAGCUGCCGGUACCGGAAGGAAAAAUCCAUAACUAUCCAGGUACUGUGGAUGAUAUCCGAACUUUUGUUCAGGACGGAAGUCGAGUCCAGCGCUUUUUUCUGGACAUUUCCGUAACUUCUCCAGGUCGGCCACCGCGUCCUCGCGACGAUUGUCUGUUUGGGGCAACCCUGGAGAUUGAAAAGUUUGUACUUGCAAGGUACCUUGUGCGGGACCAUCUAAAGAAGCCCAAGCCACCUUUGAAUGCCCAUGCUGACUACGAAGAGCUGCAUUUGCUUUCCCAGGUUGCCCCCAACCACAACGUAGUCACAAAGGUCUAUCAUGAACACAGAACUUUGAUGGAAAGCCUAUGCGUGCUCAGGAGUUCCAAGAGACUCUUUCAAUCGUUUGCAGUGCAUGCAAACAACUCUGCUCCGAUAUUGCUGGACCUCCGUCAAGCUUCUGCAGGUCAAACGCGUCAACAUGGAUCCUACUGGAGACUCCAAGUGCCAGAGAACCAAUCUCUCGUGUCCAUCAACGACAUUCCAAAUCUCUACUUCAAGCUUUCGGGAGUCCGUCUUGUUCCCAGUGUCUUUCAUGGCCCCGAAGCUUCCUUUACCAACGCGAGCAUGAGCCUGAAAUACAAGAAAGGGUUUGGCGUAAGACUGUACUUUAUGUCGUUUGAAACUUUCUGUGGCGACCACCACGAUCUCCAACUUCAAAAUGUUUACUAUCCCGUGAGUAGCGUCAUUUCUAAGGGACCGCAACCGCAGGUGGAAGGUAUCAAGAUCAAGCUGAUGUACGUCACGAUUGACGCUUCACUCGUCCGGAGACACAUGAGACUCUUAGGAAUGGAACACCCGGGCAUGAACCCAACAAUCGCAUCCGCUGCAUCAGAACCUACUAGCGGUGAAGGAGAUACCUGA